AUGGACUCUUUGGGAAAAACAUUGAAUAAUCUCUCUCUUUACGAGGUGAAAGCUUACGUUAGAAAGGCUCAAAAUGCGGUGCUUAAUUUGAGUGAGAUGGAGGCCAAGGUUAGGGAAGCCACGAAUAAUGAUCCUUGGGGUACACCAACAAGUGUCAUGUCCGAAAUUGCUAGAGGUACUUUCAGUUAUCCUGAAAGAGAAGAGAUUUGUGCAAUGAUAUUUAGACGGUUUACUGAAAAGUCAGCACACGAAUGGAGACAAAUAUACAAGGCAUUACAACUCAUGGAAUACUUGGUGAAACACGGCUCUGAACGCUUUGUUGAUGAUGCAAGAGCCAAUGUGAACUUGGUAAGCAUGCUCAAGUCAUUUCACUAUAUAGAUUCAAAGGGAGUUGACCAGGGUAUAAAUGUUCGCAACAGAGCUAGGGAACUUUCAGCUUUACUCAACGAUGAGUCCAAAAUUCGUCAGGAAAGAAGAAAGGCCAAAGAAAAUGCAAAGAAAUUUGGAGCUGUUUCCUCUAACUCGGCCUAUAUGGGAUCAUCAUCUUUGAGAAGGACAAAUGCUGUCUCAUCAAGUUAUGACUAUGACGAGGAGGAUGCCGGUUACGCUGGAAGGGUUUUCGGCGAUGGCGGAGUUUUUGGGCAAAGAUUCGAAGAGCAAGCUCCGACUAACGCGUCGAAGAAAUUUGAGGAGUACGAUGUUGAGCAUCACAGCAAUUCCAGGAAAACAAGCAAGCCGUCUGUGCAAGCCUCAAGUGUUACAGCCAGCGCUCAACCUAAAGUUGACUUGUUUUCCUUUGACGACAAACCAGCUGCCACUUCAACUGCUGGUACCGUUCAUGAUGAAGAAGAUGAGUUCGAUGAAUUUCAAAGUGCCUCUACUUCGGCGCAGGUUGUGCAGCCUCACAACAAUCUCGCUGACCUUUUGAACGCAUCAUACGGUCAACAAGCUAACAAUCCAGCAGCUUCCUUCCUUCAAUCGCCUGCCGCAACACCUUAUCCUCCGCAACUGUCUAACCACGUUGAACCGGCAAUCACCAACCCAAAGAAAAACGAUGAUAUAUUUGGAAGUCUGUUAUCGUCUGCCAAAACGAAGACGCAUCUUCAGCCAUCGACCUCUACGGCCAGUAAGCCAUCCCCUUCUCCUGCAAAGUCUGCUGUCGAGAAUGAACCUGGGCUCGUUUCAUCCACAUCUAAAGAAGAAGCCACUAGUCAAAUUCCAUCGAACGGUCAAGGGAAUGGUGUUGUUGACUUGUUGUCCUUUUAA